AUGUCGAACUCAAGUCCAUCUAUCCACGAACCAUCUAUCCACGAAUUAUUCCUAAAAUCAAAGCUUUCUUUGUCUUCUGAAGAUCCUCCAAGAGAAGAAUGGUCAUCAUUGGAGUCCGGAUCUAGUGAACUUAGCCCAAAAAUGAUACUAUUCAAAGAGGGCAAAUACCAACCUGGAAGUGGAGAAAUAUGCGCAAAGUACAUACCUAUGUCAGAUAGUUCUGUUUUAAGGCAUCCAUAUUAUGCCUAUCCAUCUGUUGUCAAUCCUGGAAUUUUGGAAGCGCUGUUGGAACCAGAAAAACGAAAAACGUAUCCUCUGGACGGUCAAGAAUUGUACUUAAAUGUUUGUGAGGAAAUGAAAUUAAUCCCAGUUCGAUAUUUUCACCGCGGUUUGUUGCAGCAUACUAUCGACCUGAAAUACUAUGGUUUAAGUCGACCAAGCAUAUGGGCAAUGUGUAUGGCACUUGAGGUCAAUCCCCAUGUUGUACGCAUAGAUCUAACGUCAAAUUUUUUGGACGAUGACGGCUGUUAUCAUCUUGGUCAAUUACUUGGUGAAAAUAUGACAAUUAAAGAACUGGUAUUAUCGGGAUGCAGAAUUCAUCCUAGUGGCAUGAAGAGACUUGUGUCAAAGCUAUAUAAACGGAUGAUGCUAGUUUUGGACUUAUCCAAAAACAAUAUUGGAGAUGAGGGCUUCAAAUAUCUAGCCGAUCAAUUUGUUUUAGGAGCGAUUGUAAAAAGGUUAAAUUUAAGCUACAAUGAUCUGGGCAUGGAAUCUGCGUUGGCAUUUGCUGGAGUUUUGGAAGUCAAUAAUAAAAUUACUCAUCUUGAUCUGUCAUGGAAUAAAUUUUCAACAUUAAAAGGUAUCUUGACUUUAAAUAAUAAAGAAUUUAAAUAA